AUGCAGACCGUCUCUCAGAGCGACCCCAUUCACGGUGGCUACGACAACUCUUCCCCUUCUGGCGGCCUUCCCUCUAUGGUCACCGUCACCCUUCCAGCUGGCUCUGCUCCCGGCAGCAUUCUUGGAUGCUACAGCGACCUGGCGCAAGCAACUGCUUCUCCUGUCUCUCUCGGCUCUCCUUCUGUGGUUACCUUGUGGCCCACUGCCCGGGGCAAUGCGGCUGCACCUGCUGCUCCCACCGCUGCUGCCACUGCUGGCUCUGGCUUACUUCCGACUUUUGACUCUGGCUUUCAGAAUCCCGCUGGCGCAGCACCUGUCACAUUCACUCUCAGUCAUCAGUCGUUACUCUCUGGCCUACAGCUCAGACCCAUGCCGCUGUACCUGCUGCUCCCACCGCUGCUGUCACUGAUGCUGCCACUGCCGUUGGCUCUGCUCAGCCUGGCGCAGCGAGCACCAGCUCUUGCACAUCGACUCUCACACCGCAGCCCAUGCUAA